GUCAGGUGUGGCGUUCCUCUCCGUCUCCACACAGAACAGAGCUGAAGAGAGGUUUGCAGAGGACACAGAUGCUGAAGGAAACUUAACUGGGAAUUCUUGGGAUUUUUUUAAUGUUUAUAAGGAACUUGAAAUAGAAUUGUUGCCUGGUUUAAAACUAUUCUUGAGAGAAAGGUGAAGGACUCUUGUGGCAGCGGCUUGUUGAGACAACAGACCAGCAGGUCGUCGUAGUUUGCCAUGAGACAAGUUCUCCUCUGCUGAACCUCCGUCGUUUCCAUGCAGCGAUAUCCUCACCACUUUUUUCCAAUGGACCCCCAAGUAUGUCCGCUUCCUCCAAACAGCAGCAGCCAGUCCAUGAUCAGCCUCGACAAAUCCCCGGCCAGCACGUUUAAACCCAGCCACUCACGCAACAGCAGCACCGGCUCCUCCAAACAUUCCAAGCAGUCUCGUAAUUGGGAGGUGAUGGACGACCUGCAGCAUGUGGAAAUGAUUUCUGCUCCAGGCUCCUCUGUGGACCUCACUAUCCCUGGGAUCUGUGAAGGCUACUUGAUGAAGAGGAGGAAGUACCCGCUCAAAGGGUGGCACAAGAGAUACUUCCUUUUGGAGAGAGGAAUUAUCAAGUACUCCAAAACCCAGCAGGAUAUUCAAAAGGGAAAACUGCACGGUUCUCUGGAUGUCAGCAUGGCCGUCAUGUCCGUCAACAAGAAGUCCAAGCGCAUUGACCUGGACGCUGGAGACAACCUUUACCACCUCAAGGCAAAGAGCCAUGAAAUCUUCUACAUCUGGUUGACCAAACUGUGUGCCCAUCGUGUGUUUAGGAAAAAUGAGGCAAUGAGUGUUCAUCAUGGCGUCCUUCAAGCACUCUCCAUCGGCCAGACUACCCUGCCAGCCAUGACCACAUAUGCGUACAGAAACAGAGCAACACCUCCUCAGUAUGCCAGCUCAGCCUCCGUGUACCAACCAGAAAUGAGAAGCCCCGCCCCUGCCAUCGCCUCCCACCCCGGAGUUACCAGCAAGGUAUCAGCCUGGCUGCAGCAGACUCAUGACAUCGAUGCGACCACGAACGAUCUGGUGCGGUGUCAGGCAGAGCUCACAGAACUGGCUCAGCUCAUCCAGAGGCUCCACUGGCUGGAAGGAGGUCUGCCGAUCACUAACUCAGACCUGGAGAUGCGCAUCAGCAUGCAGAAUCUCCAACUCGAAAAACCCAAGAAGAAGUCCGGAAAAGGCUUUGGUCAUUCCAGGACAUUAUCCCGUGUUGAAGCUCUGGGAAUGUUAACCUCCAGCCACCUGAGCACCAAUCCCAGCUCUGCUGGGGGGGCGUCUGUUCAGUCCAUCCCCGACUACGUCUACUCUCAGCUCUCCAACCCUCAGGUGACCUCACCUGAGGCCAAGAAGCUGCACCAGGACAUCUGCACGGUGUCUCAGAGGGUCCAUUCUUCUCUCAAGUCCAUUCACGAUGUCCUGUCCUUGGAGAGAGAGAGACUGAGGCAGGCCUGGACCGGCCCAGAAAUGAGGCAGAACACCUCACAGCAGCUCACUACUCUGUGCAGCACACUCUCAGAGCUUGACAUACAGUCGCGUCUGACCAAAGUCCACUCGCUUUCCUUGUCCUCUGAAUCUACUGAAGAAUCCUUCUGCACUGUCCGUCAGGACCAGAGGACGCCUUCUACAGGGCGCCACCCUCAGCGUGCGCCCUCGGUGGCAGAUUCCAUGGCGGAGUACUUUGAUGCCAGCGAGGUGAUCGUGUGUGAGAGCUCCUCAGAGGCCGAGGCUUCAGACGAGUCUGGCCUCAGUGACAUCACCACCACCAGCACCUCAGAGCCUGAAGAGGGACACGCCACUGCCACACUCAACUACAGAACCAGUGUGAAGGAAGCUCCUGAGAGACCCAGCCCACUGCCCUCUGACACAGGUCGUCGCACCACCCUCCCCGCUCCCUCAUCAGACAACAGCCACAUUGGCAUCAUGAACAUCCUGUACAACAACAUCGGCAAAGACCUGUCCAGAGUGUCCAUGCCCGUCCUGCUCAACGAGCCGCUGUCUCUGCUGCAGAGACUCAGUGAGGAGCUGGAGUACUCGGAGCUGCUGGACACCGCCAACCACAUCGAUGACCCGUAUGAACGAAUGGUUUACGUGGCAGCGUUCUCCAUCUCUGGCUACGCCUGGGCGUCCUGGAGGUACGGAUACAAACCCUUCAAUCCUGUUCUGGGAGAAACGUACGAGAGUCACAGAGAAGACCGGGGCUUCCGUUACGUCAGUGAGCAGGUCAGCCAUCACCCGCCCGUCUCUGCCUGUCACGCUGAAUCAGAACAUUUCACUUUCUGGCAAGAUCAAAGAUGGAAGAACAAGUUUUGGGGUAAAUCACUGGAGAUCAUCUCUUCAGGACAGGUCAACGUAACCCUGCCCAAAUAUGGCGACCACUACGAAUGGAACAAGGCGGUGACGUGUAUCCACAACGUGCUGAGUCAGCAGCGCUGGUUGGAGCAUUACGGCGAGGUGGUGAUCAAAAACACACAGAGUGACGUCUGCACCUGCAAGAUCACCUUCGUCAAGUCUCGAUACUGGAGCUCAGAUAACGGUAAGAACGAGGUCCAGGGUGUGGUUCUGGACCGGAACGGAGAGGUGGUCCAUCGCUUCGGAGGCCUGUGGCAUGAAGGCAUCUACUGUGACACUCUUCCUACACCGAAGUGCAUCUGGAAACCUAACGUACAGCCGGACGAUCACCUCCAGUUCUACGGCUUCUCUCAUUACGCCAGAGAACUCAAUGAACUGACACCGGAGCUCAAGGCCGUGCUGCCCCCCACUGACACUCGCUUCAGACCAGACCAGAAGCUUCUGGAGGAGGGAAAGGUGGCAGAGGCAGAUAAGAAGAAGGAUGAGGUGGAAGAGAAGCAGAGGGAGAGGAGGAAGGAGAUGGAUAAGAGAGGAGAGGAGCACAUGCCCAGGUUUUUCAGGAAAGUUCUGGAUGAAGCUGGCAGAGAAGUGUGGCUGUCCAAUGGAAGCUACUGGAAGCUCCGCAAAAGCCCGGGUUUCUCCAACAUGGAGAAUGUGGAGCUGUGGCCCGGUGCUUAACACACUCACUGUCACACCGUCACUGUGAGCCUGCAGAGGAGAGGAGAGGAGAGGAGAGGAGAGGAGAGGAGA